AGCUGAGGCUUUAAUCUACUGAGCCACCCAGGCGCCCCAAGCUUGAACUCAUGGCCCCAAGAUCAAGAGUCACAAGUUCUCACUCAGCCCACCAGGAACCCCAAAAUGAGAUCAACUUUUAGAUGUAAUUCUAUAAUCAGCCAUCUGACUAUAAGCCCUCAGGUUCUACUAUAGGAGCAAGAUCCAACAAGUAAAGCGAGGAGGUGGGCUCAGGGCCUGCGUGUGGUCAUUUGUGGGGACACCACUGACCAGACACCAAGAUUUCAGAAAUUGAGGGGAAUGAAUUCAAGAAGAAACUAAACACACAAGUCCCCUUUACUGACUGUUUUACAGUAACAGAAGAAAAUGAUUAAGGACCAGGUAUCUCUGACACUGGAGGAUGUGGCCGUGGACUUCACAUGGGAGGAGUGGCAGCUCCUGGCCCCUGCCCAGAAGAACCUGUAUCGGGACGUGAUGUUGGAGAAUUAUAGGAACCUGGUGUCAGUAGGGUAUAAGGCCAGCAAGCCAGAUGCAAUCUCCAGGUGGGAACAAGGGGAACUAUGGACAACAGAAGAUGAAAUCCACAGUCAAAUCUGUCCAGAGAUCAAGAAAGAUGAUGGUCAUCUACAGGGGCACUUGCAAAAUCAAAGAUGUCCAAAGAGAAUGAUACAAUGCCAUGAACAUAAUGCAUUCGGAAACAUCAUUCAUCAGAGUAAAAGUAAUUUUCCCUUAAGGCAAAAUCAUGAUAUCAUUGACUUAGAUGAGAAAACACUGAAAUCAAAUGUAAGUUUAGUCAACCAGAACAGAAUCUAUGAAGUAAAGAAUCUCGUUGAGGUUAGUGGAGAUACAAAAUCCUUCUCCCAUACAAAGCAUGACCAGUAUUGUACUGAAAUUAAAUUUCCUGAAUGUGGGAAUUCUAUGAAUAAAAAUUCCCAAUUCAUCAAGCAUCAAAGAACUGACAAGGUAGAGAAACCCCAUGUAUGCAGUGAAUGUGGAAAAGGCUUCUUCAAGAGAUCUCGGCUCAUGGAUCAUCAGAGAGUUCACACGGGAGAGAAGCCUCAUGGGUGCAGCAUAUGCGGGAAAGCCUUUUCCAGAAAGUCCAGACUCACCGAACAUCAGAAGACUCACGUAGGUGAGACGCGGUAUGAAUGCUCUGAAUGUGACAAAGCCUUCCCCAAGAAAUCACGACUAAUCAUGCAUCAGAAAACUCAUACAGGAGAGAAACCCUAUGUGUGCAGUGAGUGUGGAAAAGGCUUCGUCAAGAAGUCUCGGCUCAUAAACCAUCAGAGAGUUCACACAGGAGAGAAGCCUCACGGAUGCAGUCUGUGUGACAAAGCAUUCUCCAGAAAGUCCAGGCUCAUUGAACACCAAAGAACUCACACGGGAGAAAAGCCUUAUGAAUGCACUGAGUGUGACAAAACAUUCCGCUGGAAGUCACAGCUCAAUGCCCAUCAGAAGACUCAUACAGGAGAGAAAUCGUAUAUAUGCAGUGAUUGUGGAAAAGGCUUCAUUCAGAAGGGCAAUCUCAUUGUGCAUCAGCGAACGCAUACCGGGGAGAAGCCUUAUAUAUGCAGUGAAUGUGGGAAAGGUUUCAUUCAGAAGGGCAAUCUCCUUAUACAUCAGCGAACUCACACUGGAGAGAAACCCUACGUGUGCACCGAAUGUGGGAAAGGCUUUAGCCAGAAGACAUGCCUCAUAUCACAUCAGCGAUUUCAUACUGGAAAGACUCCCUUUGUGUGUACUGAGUGUGGAAAAUCCUGUUCACACAAGUCUGGUCUCAUUAACCACCAGAGAAUUCACACGGGGGAGAAACCCUAUACCUGCAGUGACUGUGGGAAGGCUUUUAGAGAUAAGUCGUGCCUUAAUCGACACCGGAGAACUCAUACAGGAGAGAGGCCCUAUGGAUGUGCUGACUGUGGGAAGGCUUUCUCUCACCUGUCCUGCCUGGUUUACCAUAAGGGAAUGUUGCAUGCAAGGGAGAAAGGUACACGUUCAGUUGCUUUGGAGAAUCCUUUCGCAGAGAGCCACAGCUCAUCACUUUCAAAUGACAGCAGGCAGGAGAAGGACCCUGUUAACACAGUGUCCAUGCAAAUGCCUACUGUAGCAGCUCAGACUUCCUUGCAUCUCCGUGGGCUCCUAACAGAUGGGAACAUGGCCACUGUGGGACAUCUAGGUGCCAGAUGCGCACCAUCAGCAGACAACAGAAUUUGCACAGAGAAACCUUUCGAAUGCAGUGAAUGCGGUAGUGCCCUCACUGAUCAGUUGCGUCAUAUUUUAUGUCACAAAAAGCACGCUGAAAUAAAAUGUGAUACGAUCAAGGUGGAAAACCCUUGACUAAAACCUCCUUGUUCAUUUUGCGGCCAAUAAGUGUGUACGGUGACAAACAGUAUAAAGACCAGGCAUAGUUCAAAGACGUAGUAUAAAGAUCGGAGAAGCCUUUGUGGAAAGGUAGACCUUACUGGGGCUUCAUAGGUCCCGUAUCAUCAGUGAGCUCAUAGCUGGUAGAAAUAGAAUGACCCUGGAAAAGGCCUUCCCCAGAAGUAAGACUUCAGUAGCCGUCAGAGAGUUCACACAGGAGAACAACAGUUGGAAGAACCCUGAAGGCAGUGCAUGUGGCCCGGUUGUCAGUGGAGCACUCUGCCUCAUCCCUUGGCAGAGGAAAUCGUACAGAACAUCUUCGGCAAAGUACCAGAAAACACAUAAAGCAAAUAAGCCCUGUGAAGAUGAAUAUUUUAGAGAUUUCUGCCACAAGUCUGACAUCAUUUUACUUCAGAUAAUGUACGUAGUGUAUAUUUUAGGACCGUAUACCUUGAAUCAAACUCCUCAUUGGUACAAUGGUCACUCUUUAAUUCAAAGCAGGUGGUAUAUAUUGCACAUCAAUGGUUAGAGCUCUAAGAGUGCACCCCCUCCCUUUUGGGGGGACAUGAAUCUUUCAUUUCUACCCACCAUCAUUAUAGGGUUAGCUCUGGUGUUUCUCUGGUUCUGAAUUUAUUCAGUUUAUUUUAGGCUACUGAAGUCCGUCCUUCAGCCUUCAAAAGGAAAGUGAAUACAUUGGAUUCAAUAGUGUACUGUCAUGUGUUUGGAUGUGUUUAACUUUGUAAAUCUCACCCAAAGGAACAACUCUCCAGGACCCACGAAUAACCUAUCAGCCAGGUUCUUUUCCUAGAAAUCUGGUACACACACCACUCAGAAAAAUGUUGAUCAGCUGUUUCCUUUACCUAGUGCUGUUCUAGAACCCACAUAUGAUGUCAGUGAACUGAACAAAAGUCCCUGCUGACUUCAAGCUGGCAUUUUAAAAAAAGAUUUUAUUUAUCUAGCUGAGAGCACAAGCAGGGGAAGUAGAAGGCAGAAGGAAAG